AUGGAUCAGCAGACGAACCACGAGCCUGCUAUAGAGGCACAAAACCUCUUUAAACAGAACUUCCAGCUCUCUGCCGCAGAACAUUUGCAACAACAAAACAUAGAUACUCAACAGCAUGUGCUUACUGGCCUCCAGCAGAUGACGUUGCCCAAUUCGCAACAGUCCGAGACCUCUUCCAGCUCGGCAGUUUCCAUGGUAUCAACUCCUAACGAAAGUCCCCGAUUAGGAUCAAGGAUUUCUGCUUCCCACCAAAGGCUUCCGUCUUUGUCGUCUCUGGCCCCUAAUUUGGGCUCAUACAACUCAACAAGCCAGGUCCCUCAGGCCAGCUUAACCCCACGUCAGUAUAGGAUAUCAGACGUGGAUAUCAACCAGGCGCUCAAAAGACAUCAAAGUGAGACUAACACCUUGAAUCAGUUUAGAAAUCCCUGGUUUAAUCAAAAAUCCAACCCCCGGUUAGCUCCUAUAAACACGCAUUUGGGCUGCGAUGAUAAUUAUUCACCUCUUUUGAUGCAAACACCAGUAAAAGGUGCUCCUCAGGGACUUCCGACAACAUACGAAUCUUCCACGUUUCAGGAUGCAUCGCAAAUUAUACCUCCUCUGCGAAUUAACGCCCCCCUUCCUCAAGACACCUACAACCAGAAUGCGCAGUUUGGUCCUGGUGAGUUUUACAGAAGACAGUCUGUGGCGGCGAAUUAUUUCUCGAAUCAUGAACAAGUCCCCAAAAGCGCAUUGCCAAUGUAUGCCAAGGGCUUUGAAACUCUCGGAGAACUUCAACGUCCUCAUAGUCCCGCUCCGAGGUUCCAUCGAAUUCAGUCUCUUUCGGACCUGAGACCAGUAACCAACGCAAAACCGAAAUACAGAAGAGCCUCGUCAUCAACAACUUUUGUGUCACCGCUCAAGGCUCUGACAACCUCUAUCUCUGUAACAUACUCGAUGUGCAGGCCGGAAUUUGACUACAAGUCGUCUAAAAAUCCAAGAAGAGUGCUGACGAAACCGAGCCAUCCUAAAUCAAAUAAUGGAAACGACAACGAGGACAACGAUUAUAUUCUAUAUGUGAACGAUAUUUUGGGUACCGAGGAAAACAGGAAGUACAUGGUAUUGGAUUUGCUUGGGCAGGGAACAUUUGGCCAGGUGGUGAAAUGCCAAAACCUCAAGACGCAAGAAAUUGUUGCCGUGAAGGUUGUCAAAUCCACACCGGUUUAUUUGAACCAAUCUUUGACCGAAGCAAGCAUUUUGGAACAUCUCAACUCGAAAAUUGAUCCCCAUGACAAGCAUCACUUUUUAAGGCUACAAGACAAGUUCAUGCACAAGAACCAUUUGUGUUUGGUGUUUGAACUUCUCUCUUCUAAUUUAUACGACCUGAUACGGCAAAAUCAGUUCAAUGGACUUACCAUCAAAUUAAUACGGAAGUUUUCCGUUCAGCUGCUCGAUGCAUUGGCCGUACUCAAGGAUGCAAAACUUAUUCAUUGUGAUUUGAAGCCGGAAAACAUCUCUCUUGUUUCUCUCGACAGACCAGACUUGAAGGUGAUUGAUUUUGGCUCUGCAUGCCACGAACGACAAAUAUUCUAUACCUACAUUCAAUCCCGGUUCUACAGGUCUCCAGAAGUUCUAUUGGGGUUAUCGUACUCCAGCUCAGUUGAUAUGUGGUCAUUUGGAUGCAUAGUCGCAGAACUCUUUCUCGGCUUACCACUAUUCCCUGGAUCAUCCGAGUAUAACCAGCUCUAUCGCAUCAUACAAAUGAUGGGCAUGCCACCUACUUGGAUGAUAGAUAUGGGAAAAAACUCGAUGAACUUCAUGAACAAGAUAGAGCUCCCUAAUGGAAAGCACACUUAUCAACUUAAGAGUAUGGAGCAAUAUUCAAAGGAGAACAAUGUGAAGGAAACCCCGGGAAAAGAGUAUUUCAAGCAAAGAUAUUUGGAAGAUAUAAUCAUGAACUACCAGCUGCCAAAAAAGAACAUGACUCAGCAAAUGAUUGAUAAGGAAAUGAUGAACCGCAAGUGUCUGUCGCAUUUCCUCCAUGGAAUACUGAAUUUGAAUCCGUUGGAAAGAUGGACACCUCACGAAGCAAUACUGCAUCCGUUCAUCACGGAACAGCCAUUUGAUGGAUUUUGGAAUCCACCAUCUAAAACUAUAGGCCUUCCAAGUGGUUCUGGUAGCACUUCUUCUCUUGAUACUGUGAGGAGACAACGUUCUAAGAGUUUUGGCAACAUCUAA